CCAAAGCAGCAACAACCGCCUCCAACCACCAGAGCCUGAGCCCGAGCCUGAGCCGCCCAUUGAGCCACCCACCAUCCAACUAGGCCAACAUGGCGGAUGCGGACGAUAGCAAGAGUGGCACUGGCAGCGGGGGCAGUGGUAGUGGCAGUGGUCGUGGGAGUGGCGCUGAGUCCCUGCAGCUGCUAACUAAACUGGACAAGGCCGUCUCCACCAACGAUGUUCUGCUCGAUCUCCAACGGGCGCUCACCUACGAGGCUGUCUUCAGCACUCUGGUGGAGCACAAAAUGCAGGCCCUUAAGCGGGACUACGAGGAGCACAAGAAGGCGAAGCGGCGCAAGCGAAAGUCCAUCGGUCGCAUUUUUCUGCCCAGAAAACUGUUUGGCAGCGGAAGUCGCCGUUCCAGCAGGGAGGACACCCCGCCACCGGAGGAUCACCAGGUCCAGCCUUCACCACCAGCUACUAGUAGCGGGAAGACCAAGGCCCUAGCAAAAGGCAAGACCCGGACGGAUGACAUUGAGGAGGCCUCCGGCUCAGUGGCCAGCUUACAGCGAUCUCAUCCGAAGCGCCCGGAGAACUUGGAGGACAGCCUGGCCAGCACGCUGAGCAACUCAUCGGGAGCCCAGCGACAGCACAAGCACAGCCACAGCUUACUUGUUCGAGCUCAAACGCACACGCCUGCACACCAGAUGGACAUGGAUGCGGACCGGAGAUCCAUUAGCUCGGAGGGGGAGCUCAGAUUGAAGGCCCAGCUCCCAGGCAAACAUUCCACAACGAUCAACGGCGAGUCGGAACUGCCCCCGAUCUCCGGACACGACAAUACCUCGACGACUGCCACAGCAACUGCCACAGUGACCGCCACGGCCCAUGGAGGAGUUCUCCACAGCUCCACGCUGGCGGACGACAGCAUGACCGCCUCGCUCCGCGGCAGCCUUGAAAGCCUCUCAUACAGUAGCUCCCGUUGUACCGUCAGCUUUGGUGGAGCGGAGGUGAUUACCGCGAGCGGUGGGGAGGCAGAGUCGAGAGAGCGAGCGCGACUGGCCAAGAGACUGAGGAUCCUGGAGGCCAAGUCCAUCAGCGCCCAGUGCAGCCCCAUCUUCCCCAGGCACGUGGUUCGCUCGUUUCCGCUGCAGUCACCCCAGCAAGCGCGCCUGCACAUCAAUGUUCCCUCCAGUUUGGCCAGGCCUCAGCCGCAGUUGCAGCAGCAUCUACAUCAGCAUCAGCAGUUGCAACCUCACGUGGCCUUGGAGAUUGAGACGCUACCCGCUCCACUUCCCCAGCGGAGGCGUCUGUUGCCCAAGCAGAUAUCCUGCACUGAAAGCGGAGCAGCAGGGGACUUCAGCGUGGUAGGUGCGGAGGCCUACACCAGGUACUUCUCCCGCCAGAACACGUCGGAGGACAGCGCCAAUGUGACAGUGAGCACCGUGUUGGCGCAAAGCGACUCCCAGUCGCUGCACGCCACGCCUAGCUUUUCAAAUACGCCCCCGGCGAUGGGCAGCGCGAGUCAGGAGCGCCGCAAGUCCCGCAGCACUGGACUGCUGGCUGUGCGGCCGCCAUAUGGCGUGGAUCCCAGUGCCGUGGUGAUUCCCAUGGAAGACGGGAGCGUGGAGCGGGUCAGGACGAGGGCUCUGGUGCCCGAAAAACUACACCGGAUGACCUCAACGUCGACGGGCUCCAGUGUGGCCGCCACCGGCUGCUGCAGCGCAACAAAGCCGAAGGAGAGGCCGAGCGAAGCCUUCAGGCCCUCCGCGAUGCCCUCCUCCGCAGCAAUAACAACGGCCCAGAGCACGGGCAGCGACGACGAGUACCGCCGGCGGAAACGGAAGUACAAGCGCCAUCAUCGCUGCUCGGAUCCCGCACUGGUCUAUCCCACGCCCAGCGGUCUCCAGCACUAUGUGCACGUGCUCGCCAUCAAUCCGGACACACAGCAGCCCAUACAAUGCCCGUACGGUGAGGACUCGCCCUGCGACCUGCAGUUGGACAUGGACAUGGACUUGGACCUGGACCUGGACGAUGCCGAUAAAAUCGACGACCUUGAGCAGAUGGUCCCCAGUGGUCAUCAGCGGCAUCGCCGAAAGCAUCGACAUCGCCACAAAAAGCGACAUCGGCACAAAAAACCAAAAAUUCUGGUACAGGACUUGGACACAGAAGUUGUUAAGGUGAUCGAUCCUCAUGAUCUGUCCAAGCGUGCCCGCUGGACAAUAAUUGCCACCGCCUGUUUGUUACUGCUCAUGUGCCUCAUGUUGAUUGGAGUCACUUUGCGUAUGGCUCCGAUAAUCGAUGAUAUGGUGCGACAGGAGAACGAGCGCAACUUCCGCGAGAAUCUGGAGCGCACCUGGAUGAUGAAGAACCGCACCGAGCUGAAUCUGCAGCGCCAGCAGAUGGAGAUGCAGCUGCACGUCGUUCCAUGAGCGGAAGGAAGGAAGUGACGCCGCUGGAGCAGAUGCGACCGGAUGAGAUGUCAGCACGAGCUGGAAAUGUCAGUGGCUGGCAGCAAGAACAACAAGUUUGUGGCAGGAAGCCGGAGGACCCUUCUGCCCCCCACUUCCUGCAACCCCCAACUCCCUUCCUGCCCCGCCCAAUCAAAGUUAUGCGCACAAUUGCUACAAAGAAUAACGGAGAGUACGAGAAAUCGAAUCAAAAGAAAUUGUUAACUAAAAUAAAUGAGGAUGGAGCACUCCGAAGUGCUCGGCUAAAGCUAAGCCUAAUGCUAAUUGUAGUUAAGUCUGCUCAGGCGGUAAUCACUUGUUUUAUAUCUAACUGAGAGCUAGACUCCACUUAGAGCAAACCAAAUAUAAUUCAAUGGUCGAGAAAAUCAAAAGUGAUUCAGUUUAGUCAAUAGUUAAAGCGUUGUUUAUAGAGUAACUUCGAUGACAUUUUAAACAUUAGAUCGGGAACGUUCUGGUGCUCAAAUUCAACCUUCUCCAGAGAUUUAUUCACUGCCUGAUCUAGGCACAUUUCUACUUGAAUUUAAAAAAAUGACGUGUAGUAUUGCGUUAUAAUUUAU